CUGAGUUGGGUCCAUAAAACUAUGUCGGGCAACAGCUGUUCGGUCUGUGACAAAACCUUCCAGAAUGUUAACAAUCGCCUCCUGACCUGUGGUAAUUGCGCCCUAUUCGUCCACCAGGGAUGCUAUGGGGUGCAGAAGGUUGAUGGAGUCGUCAAUUGGUUUUGUCGAAAGUGCGAAUCCCAGGUUAGACAGAGCAAAAUAAGGUGCGAGCUGUGCCCAAUCAAAGAGGGUGCUUUCAAACGGAGUAGCGGUGCAAGAUGUGGAUGGGCACAUAUGUUAUGCGCCUUCUUCAUCCCCGAAGUAUAUUUCAAAGAUCCCGACACGAUGGAUUUGAUAAUGUUGGAGAACGUUCCAGCUGAUCGGUUUGGCCGGUCCUGUAUAUUCUGUGAACGGAAUCAGAGAAGUUCGCAAGCCAACCACGGCGUGUGUAUCCAGUGCGCUUGGAAAACCUGCCGAACCUACUUCCACGUUACCUGCGCCCACGCAGCAGGUCUCCUGUCUGAUCUGCCUUCGGCUGAUGCAAAUGCCAACCGUUCGUUGGCUAACGUACUCAUCAGUCAGCCCCAGGGUCUCUCCGCAGACGGCACACAUAAUCAGAACACCCCUUCUUCACGGAAUAAUUUCGGAAGUGUAGUCACAUACGAUGCACUUUUUCUUCUACAUGGAUUCUGUUCUACUCGGCAUAAAGAGAAGUUCUCUUCGGUCGCGCCUAUUCCUGAAUCAUCCGCAUCCCAAGCAGACAAAGCAGCCCAAAGCACGGAACCAACACGAAAUCCAGCAUUCACUCCUUCAUCUACUCCUCAGGAUUCAAAACGUACUAGUUCGUUUUCCAAACAUUCUGUUAGACAUUCCACCCCUACGGCUGUGAGUAGUCCUGAGAGUAGUUCGGAAACAAGCAACACGGCUUUUUGUACACUCUCCGCAAACGCGACCUCUGUGGAGGCAGAAGUUCAGGGUGGUUCGUCGAUCCCCACAAAGAAUGGGACGAAUUCAUCAGAGCCUCCGUUGACUGGAGCGAUUCUCCCGGAACAAGACAGCGAUGAGACCUCUGCCCCUAAGAGAUUGUGCUUACGGAGGCAUAAGCCAGCUUUGUCUCACCCAACGAGCGAUUCAACUGAUCAGUCCAGUACGGUACUAGGCUCAUCCGUAUUGGACUUACUUGAAACCGGUCCACAAGACAACGUAAUAAGUGAAACCCAAGAUGCGGGAAAGCAGACAGUUGGUUCACCCGGAUCGCUUCCCAAACCGGACUACGAGUCUGUCAGUUCUCCGGUCAUUUCUUGCGCUUCUGUUGUCAGUUCUUCCGUGUCCGGCUGCCUUCGCACCAAAAUCCGGUGUACCUCGACUCCAACCUCAAUGAAAGGUGAUACUCCAUACUCGCCCAUUUCAACUCAAGACGAAGGUAUCCCACCUAGCACUACAGCGUUGGAAGUAGUCGACACUCCAAACGCAGCGAACAAUGUGAUAGCCACAGAACCAGAAACGUGCGUGAAAUGUGACGGAUUUUCAUCAGAUACUUCUGCCCAACCACCCUCUAAAGAAGUCAUCAAAACUCCGCAAGAACCAAAGAAACCAUGCGAUGGGGCUCAAAAACGAAGACAUAGUGGUACGAGCAAAGCAAACAGAAAACCGAAUACAGCGCCCUCUGCAAGUUCUCAUACAACUCCACCUCCAUGCUCUGGAGUUGAACAGCUCAACCAGCUACCAUUUAUCUGGCCACAAAGGCCGCUACCAUUGCGUGGAAUCCGUUUGCCCUACAACGACUCGCAUCCUUCCGAUCAUCCCUCCGGUGAGCAGGCGUCGGAUGCGGUAAAGUCUUUCACUCAAUCACCCCUCACAACAAUGCAGGAUCUACUCGAGUGGCAAUGGGAUCAGGCUGGGGCGUUGCUCAUGCAACAGGCUUCUGGGACUGACGUUGUAUCCCUCUUGGACUGUUUGCAUCAACUGAAAGUGGAAAACGAUUUGUUGGAAGCAAAGUUGGUACGACUACAAACGAGACAGGAGCAUUUGCGCUCAGUCAACGCUCGGCUGUCAGCCUCACUGGCCACAAUGGAAGCCACAAUGACGACGAGUACUAGCACAGCGUCGCCAACGGGGGAAAAAGCUGCCACUUUACAACAACCGACUCGAUCUCCAUCCACUGCCUGCACCGGUGCGUCGGAUUGCACAGUCAUACCAACUUCGGUGCAAUCAGGGCAACCUUUUGUCAAUCCUCCCGUUGUUCCUAAGGCCUGUCCAAAACACCCUCACAUUCCCUCUAGCCAGACGUCGUUGGAAUCAGCUGGGUCUGUCACAUUUGUCUCACGUCCUUCCAGUUCCCAACCAACACCGCUGAUAGUCACUGGACAACCACCAGUCAGACCAGCGUUUAUUAUCACCAAUCACUCGCACAACAACGCAACUGAACAGGUGUUGUCUCCACAUCCUCUCCGUCCACAAGCUGGUUUCUUUCCUGACUCACCUGUACUCAUUGCCUAUCCGGCCGAUAAGUUGAGCCAUGGAACUCCAGCUGCCCCCAACGGUCAACUUGACUAUCAGUCUAAACCAAUGCUUGACAAACCAAUGCCUUCCUACACGUCUCAACCGCUACCACCAUCCCGCAUUCCUCCGGAGCAUCCUUAUCCGAGUCACACCAAACAUGUUAAGAAAUCCCAUAGCUCUUCGUCUCAAAGUCGGCACCACCAGAAGGCAUGUUUCCAACGUCGUUGGCCCUUGGUCCAACCUCGUUCGACAGAUGCGAAUUCACAGCCAGGCUUGGUCGCCCCGGUUAUUUCGAAUUCACUUCAAGCAAAGGUUGAUCCCAACGAUUUGCAAGAAUUAAGUGCCCGGUUAUCCUCCGCCAUAGCUGCACGCCGACCAUUGAUGUCUACAACCCGCGCGUCGCAAUUCGAUGUUUCCAGCAAUCCGUUCACAACCCGCCAAGAGGUGUCCGGUAGGAGAUUCUCAUUCAGUGGUAGUACAGCUACUUCCGAUCAUCCACCACCAUUCAACCGCAGGUUCACUGUUCCAACCAGGUCUUCAGAACUCUCGGUGUCGGGGCCUUUUCCGAAAUUGCCAGAUUCUUCGACUUCUGCGACCCCCUUAACGGUCGCACCCUUGAUUGUUACAUCCGCCAGUGGGAUGUACCACGAGUCACCGCUACAUUGUCAGUCGAAUCCAACCAUUCCAUCGCCGCAUUACUUGCAACCAGUGACCAGACCUGUGGCUCCGGCUUAUCCGGUAGACCUAGUCUACCCAGUGAGUUUGAUUAGACGUCAACUAAGAAAGAUAUUGGCUCCAGUAUCUAGACCCAGUAAAGAAUGGAUUGGCACAGCAAUCAUUCCAUAUAAAGCAGGAACAUCGGAGGUUAUUCGAAGAUUGUUGAACUUAGUCAACAUUCGAGUAGCAUUUCAGAAGGGAAAAACGCUACGCUUAGUGUUGGUGCAAUUGAAAGAUCCCCUGCCGGUUGAAAGGACUAGGAAAUGUGUGUAUAAAAUUAAAUGCAACGAUUGCGAUAAGGUUUAUAUAGGACAAACUGCCAGGGGAUUGCACACCAGAAUUAGUGAGCAUAAAAGAAGGAUUAACAAACCACCAAGGAAUGCAGAAGAAUACCAAACGCUGGUCAAAGACUCAGCAAUGGCGGUAUAUGCUCUAGACACGGGACAUAGAAUAGAUCUGGAGAAUGUGGAAGCCUUAAGACGGGGACUGCGAUUCACACCACAACGGCUGAUAGCCGAGGCGGUGGAAAUCACUAAGCAUCACGGCCUGAACAGAAUCGAGGGUGUGGAGCUAGCGAGCUACGGUUUGAUAAAACAUUUCACAGCACGAUCAAUAUACACAUUACAGCACAACUAUCCAAAGAAUGGGAUGUUCAUUGCAUUCAUUAUCAAGCGAGUGUUACUCGACCUAUUUCAUUUGAACAGUCAUCCUGCCCUCCGCAGUGAUUCAGAUGAGUCACACCAAACGGCGGAACCGCUGGACACGAGAUUCACUCCAAUUAGGGCUAAACAACAGUGCUGCAGCUCCCACAACCACCUACAAUUAUUUGCAAACAGGAUUUAA